AUGAGCGAGGACGUGUCCGAAAAAGAACAAAUUGAUGCUCUGAUCAACUGGAUCAACACGUUUGCUAUCUCACAUACCGUCAAGGGCAUCGACGAGCUGUUCGAUGGCGUCCUGUUAUGCGAGGUUUUUGCUCAGAUCGCGCCUCGUCAUGUUGACAUGUCAACGCUGAAGCGUUCGGCGUUGAACAAUUGGCUGCUGAGGAAGGCCAACGUCAAGCUUCUCCUCACCAACAUCGAGGACUUCUACAGCGACGAACUCAACAUCGCCAGCGACGCCGCUAGCGUUGACAUUGACCGCGUGUGCAAGAACGAGGACAACACAGAGAUGAUCAAGCUCAUCGAACUCAUUCUGGGCGCUGCCAUCGAAUGCGAGAACAAGAAGGAGUACAUCGAAAACAUCAUGCUGCUCGAUGAGAGCUCCCAGCGCAUCCUCAUGGUGUUCAUCGAGCGGCUGUUGAGGGAACAUCAGAUGAAGCCCGCGCACUCGCCCAGACACCACAGCCAGUCGUAUGAUGAUGGUGCGGAGACCCCGGCCAACGAGAUCCAGAUUCAAAGCUUGCGACUCGAGAAGGAGGAACUGCAGGAGCAGUUUGAUGAGCUCCAAGUCGAGCACUCCUCGCUCGCCUCUGAGAACGCCAACUUGAGGUCGGAAAAGGAGACGUUGAUGGAGAUGGUGAAGAACAUGGAAAAGCAGCUCGACGAGAAGACCAAGAAGGAGCAGCACGACAAGGAACGGAGGGAGAAGGAAGAGACCGAGCUCAUCAACGCUCUCCAAAAGCACAGCAGACAGAUUUCGGAGGAACAGUAUCACGCCCUACAGAUAGAAAUCGAGGAGAAAGACAAAUCUCUGUUCGAGUUCAAGAAAAAGGUGGACGAACUCUCCAAGUACGCAGCGGAGGCACGCAAGCUGAGGGACGAGAUGGACAUGAUGAAGGAGAAGGUGGCCAACGCGGACCAGGUCGAGGAGAAGUUCGCCCACCUGCAGGACAAGCUCAAGGAGAUGGCGGAGCUCCGAAAGCAGUACAAGGCCCUGCAGGAGCAGAGCAACACGUACAUGCAGCGGUCGAUCGAGCUCGAAGACGAGGUCGUCAAGAUCCCCCUCCUCAAGGCACAGAUCGAAGACUACAAGAAGCAAGUGCUUGCGUUCAGGUCGGAGGCGGCAACGACGGGCGAGAAGGACAUCAAGCAGCAGCUCGACAUGCAGCAGCUCCAGGAGGCCCUCAAGCAGAUCCAAACGGAGCGCGAUAUGCACCAGGAGAAGGUGGACUCGCUCGAGGAGACCAUCGCUCAGCUCAAGACCGACCUGGAGGAGGCCAGACUGAUGGGCGGACCCAACAGGGGCGGAGGCGCCGGCGACGAGGACGGCAUGUCCGGCUUCCACGAGAUUUUCACGCCCGAGCUGCGGGAGAAGAUGGCGCGCCUGGAGCGCGAGAACAAUCGCCUCAAGUCGGAGAUGGGCGAGGGCGGAGCGGCGGAGCAGAUCGCCCUCCUCCAGGCCAAGCUCGACGACGCCACCGCGCUCAACGCCACCUACGAGGAAAAGCUGCACCAGCUCUCCGCCCGCACUCCUGAGGAAGAGAGUGGUAAGGCGCCGAAGGAGGUGAGCGACCUGAUGCAGGAGCUCACCAAGAAGGACGCCACCAUCGUCGACCUCGAAGAACAGCUCAGGAAGGUCUACGAGGAGGCCAAGCGGUACCGCGCCAACGCGGCCGCCAGCGGGGAGCCCACGCUGGAGGGACCGGUGGUGGAGGAGAUCGCCAUGAAGCUCGCCCAGGUGCAGGAGAAGAACGAAGCGCUCAACUCCGAGAAGCUCCGCCUCGAGGGCUACCUCCGCACCGCCAAGAAGAUGAUCAGAGAGCUCCGGCAGCAGAAGAAGGACGAGGCCGACGCUGAGACAGCGAAGCACAGCAAGCAGGCCGAGGAGACGCUGCAGGCGCUCCGAGCGCAGCUCCUCGACAGGGAAAGAGAAAUCAAGCACCUCAAGGACACGAUAAAGGACAGCAGGGAGAGCACGGAGAGGGAGCAGCGUCUGUUGGUGUCGUCGUUCUACGACAUGGGGCUCCAGCUCGCACGCGCCCAGGCCUCGCGUCCCGACCAGGCCUCCGCGCCCGGUGGCGGCAGCGGCGCGUCGGUCCAGCACCAGCCGCAGUCGUGGCUCGCCGCCCUCCGAAACGCGCGCGCCAAGUGA